UGUUCAUGUCUCGUUUCACGAUGUAAACAAAUUGACGACAGUUUUGUAGUGCGAUGAUCUCUUUUUAGUUUAUUUAUUAUUUCUUGGUUUGUUUUGCUUAAAUUUCUCAACUAAAUCACAAAAAAAUGAAGUUAAUUUGUGAGAUUAGUGUGCAUAAUCGUAUGGCACCGCAUGUGAAACCACGAUCGCAACAAUCAACACUGGCACUUGGUUACCAUCCACCCAGUGCCAAAAAAGAUGCUGACAAUCUAUUUUUGAUUCAUUUUACGGCAACAAAUAAAGUUGGUACUCGUUACAAGCUCAAGCGAAAUAUUGAAAAGGUGUUCACAAAAUUCGUGCAAGAUGGUAAAUCAACGUUUUCACUGAAACAACCGCCACAUGAUUUGCAAAUUCGUUGCGAUCCCAUUUCGUUGAAGGCAUUUUUACAAACAUUCAAAAAUGCAUUGGAAGGUAAAUUGGAUCCGGCCAAACCAGGUCUAUCAACGCUUGCUGUAACUGGAGUACCGAAGAAAGCAGUGCCAGUCAAAUCGAUGACAAUACUUUCACCCAGUGAUUAUCCAUUGAAAGGACUACCGAAAACGCUCACCACUUUAAUUAUUAAUGGCAUUCGUAAAUGUAGUUUGGACUCAUCGAUUCUGUCUCUGAAUAAUUUACAAAUCUUGAAUAUGAGCAACAAUCACAUUGAACAUUUGCCGAAGAAAUUAGGAGAUUUACCAUUAGUCCAAAUGGACUUAUCAAACAAUCGUCUUGGUAAAUCGGUUUUUAGCGACUGGGAUUGGAUCGAUAAGCAAAGAAUCAAGUCAUCUUUACAGAAUCUCAAUUUGAGCGGCAAUGAGCUCAGAGUAUUCCCUUACAAAUUGGUAAAGCUACGGAAACUAAUGGUUUUAACACUAAAAAACAAUUGUUUACAACAUGUUCCAUUUUCAAUUCGACGAUUAAAAUCAUUGCGCACACUGAAUUUGGCCGACAAUCAAUUCAAGUCACUUCCAGAUGUAUUUUCUCGCAUAUCACUCGAUACAUUAGAUGUGUCCGGUGAGGAAAUGUUUCUAUCACCGUUCGCUAUAUCGAUUGCACCACAUGAUCCGAUGGCCGUGAUUUGUCGUCAACCACCCACGCUAUGGCAGUUAGCCACCAAAAUUGUGAUGACCAAAAAGAUAAAGUACGGACCUUGCGAUUUGCCAGCAACUGUGAUCGAUUCACUCGAAGAGUUUCCACUUUGUGGCUGUGGUCUAUUAUGCCCUCCAAUAAAUAUUCAUUUCCAAGCAUGUAUAGUAAACGUGCGAACAACUAGCUUAGUACAAUCGCAUCAUAUGACUAGUAUUCCUGGAGAUUCUGUUUAUUGCAGUGAUUAUUGUAGACGUCAUAAAUACUUUAUUUAGUCAUUACUUAAGUUAUUUUGACAUUGUUUUGAAGCGAAUAUCUACAACGUUUGUUUGUUUUAAUUCACAUUUUUUCCGAUUAAAAUUUGUUUGGUAAGAAAAUUGGUUUAAAAAUA